AUGUCGCUCAAUUCAAACCUUCCUAGAACCUCCAAUGAGGUGGCUUUAGAUCACUUUGUUUUCCAAUCAGUUACUCAAGAUAUGAUCAACUACCUUGCCCAAAAGGCGAGAGAAGUCAUUCAGUGCGAACCCACGCAGGUAUCCUCAAGUCAAGGUCCCUCGCCGCCUCGAACUCCUCCUCAAGAGAAAAGAUCACCAUCAGAUUUACCGUCAUUAGAGAGAUUCAUCGCUUCGUUAAUAAACAGAUCCAACGUUCAAGUCCCUACACUUAUGACCAGUUUGGUCUACCUGGCUAGACUGAAGAAGAGACUACCACCAGUUGCAAAAGGUUUAAGAUGUACUGUCCAUAGAAUUUUUCUUGCAACAUUGAUCUUAUCGGCCAAGUUCCUUAACGAUUCAUCGCCGAAGAAUAAGCACUGGGCCGAAUACUCGAACGUUCGGGGUUACAAUGACUUUUCAUUUACCAGGACAGAAGUCAACCUUAUGGAGAAGCAAUUACUUCAGCUACUCAACUGGGAUUUGAUUGUCAGCCAGGAUGAUCUCUACAUUCAUUUGGAACCUUUCCUCACACCAAUCCGGUUUGAAUUAGAUCGAAAGCAAGAACAACUUCGUCUCCACGAAGCACACCAACAAGCCAUCCGAGAACAAGAGGCUCUUGCCAUGCAAAACAUGUCCUUCGACCCAACCGGAAGAUACUGGAUGCCAGCAGCCGAAGACAAGUACAUGUCAUACUACGGUGAACAACAAUCGCUCUUCUCAGCCAACGAUGCAUACGACUACAAUUCGCCACCUUCCUCCUCAGAAGUUCCCGGUCUUACCCGCAGCGGUACUGCUGACACCCUCGACGCCAUGUCAUCUUCCGCCUCAUCUUACAUCUCCGAAUUAUCUCGCUCGGGUACACCUCUAUCAUCCGUCAGCAGCUACCCCGACGAAAAUGAUGCUAUGCAAUGCGAUACCUACUCCCCAUCAGGUGUCGUCCGCGACGUUGUCACGGUCCAAGUUGCUGGUGCUGAUGGAAAGCUCAGGCCUAUGCUCCCAUACGAAAUUGACAACAUGGCUCAUCACGACAACAUGGUAAUGGCAGAGGAAAAGCGUCGCACAGCUAAGAAAUCAAAAGGCAACUUCCUAACAAGAUACUUUGGUCAAAAGAACUUUUCCGCUGCGUGA